AUGGGGAACGCGGAGAGCAUGGAGAGCCAGCUGGCCGUGAUCCGGUCCAGAGCCGCCCCGGUCCGACUCCCGAUGCCCGACCCGGCCGAGCUGGAGGAGAGGUUCUCCAUCGCACUGGGAUCACGAACAGAACUUAAAGUUCAGGAGUCAACUCAGAUGCUCAGAGAGCUGGAGAUCUCUCUACGUACAAACCACAUCGGGUGGGUCAGAGAGUUUCUGAACGAGGAGAAUCGGGGUCUCGAUGUUCUGGUCGAGUAUUUGUCGUUCGCUCAGUACGCCGUCACGUUCGAUGGAGAGCAGCCGGACGCCAGUGGCGAGGUGUCGUCCAUCGACUCCCCCUGGAGUCGGUCCAUCGAGGAUCUCCAUGGCGACUGCAGCCUGCCCUCACCGUCCUCCUCCGUACCGCGAUCAGCUCGACACUCCAUCAGCUCCACUCUGGUGACUCGCUCCAACACGCUGCCGAGUCGCCGAACCCUGAAGAACUCGCGACUCGUCUGUAAGAAAGACGACGUUCACGUCUGUGUCAUGUGUCUGAGAGCCAUCAUGAACUACCAGUAUGGAUUCAACAUGGUGAUGUCUCAUCCGCACGCUGUCAACGAGAUCGCUCUGAGCCUCAACAACCGCAACCCCAGGACGAAGGCUCUGGUCUUGGAGCUGUUGGCGGCCGUGUGUUUGGUCAGAGGAGGUCAUGAGAUCAUCCUGUCAGCCUUCGACAACUUUAAAACUGUGUGUUCUGAGUCUAUGCGUUUUGAGAAGUUGAUGGAGCAUUUUAAGAACGAAGACGACAACAUCGACUUCUUGGUGGCCUGCAUGCAGUUCAUCAACAUCGUGGUGCACUCUGUGGAGGACAUGAACUUUAGAGUCCAUCUGCAGUACGACUUCACCAAACUCAACCUGGACGACCACCUGGAGCGGUUGAAGCACACAGAGAGCGACAGGCUGCAGGUCCAGAUUCAGGCCUACCUGGACAAUGUGUUUGAUGUCGGGACGCUGCUGGAGGACGCCGAGACCAAAACUGCUGCUCUGGAGAGAGUGGAGGAACUGGAGGAGAACCUGGGGACGAUGUCCGAGCGUCUCCUGGACGUGGAGAACGAAGCGAUGCUAAAGAUCGUGGAGCUCGAAAAGCAACUGAUGCAGACCAACAAGGAGCUGGACCAGCUGCGGGAUGUGUACGCGAACGCCAACUCUCAGGUGCACACCUUGCGGCGGAUGGUCCGGGAGAAGGACCAGACGAUCCGGCGCCAGAGCCGUCUGGAGCGUCAGGCCCAGGAGGCCCAGCAGGCCGGAGGACCUGGAGCGCCUCAGCCCCAGAGAGGUGAGGGGGACGGGGGCGUAGCCGACUCCGCCUCUCCCUCACCUCCACCCUGCCCUAACCUGUCCCCCAGGUGAGACACAUGUCGGACCAGUGAGCUCUCCUCUGUCCCCAUGCCCCCUCCUCCUCCGCCCGUGGCCCCGCCCCUCCCGGGCUCGGGAGGGUCACCUACGGUCAUCUUCACCUCCGGACUCGCAGAGGGUCCACUCAAGUUAUUCUCGGUGAAGAUAAAAAAGCCAAUCCAGACCAAGUUCAGGAUGCCGGUGCUAAACUGGGUCGCUCUGAAGCCCAGUCAGAUCAACGGAACCGUCUUUAACGAUAUCGACGAUGAAUCCAUCCUACAGGACCUGGAUGUCGAGGAGUUUGAGGAGAUGUUUAAGACAAAGGCUCAGGGUCCAGCUGUGGAUCUGACUCUGUCCAGGCAGAAGCUUCCUCAGAAAGCUCCGUCCAAAGUCUCUCUGCUGGAGGCCAACAGAGCCAAAAACCUGGCCAUCACUCUGAGGAAGGCCGGCCAGGGGUCAGAGGUCAUCUGCCGCGCCAUUCACACGUUUGACCUCCGGACGGUUCGGGUCGACUUUGUUGAGUGUCUGAUGCGGUUCUUACCGACGGAGGCCGAAGUGAAGCUGCUGCGGCAGUACGAGAGAGACAGAAAGCCUCUGGAGGCUCUGAGCGACGAAGACCGAUUCAUGAUGCAGUUCAGCCGCAUCGAGAGGCUCAGCCAGCGCAUGUCCAUCAUGACCUUCAUGGGCAACUUCACCGACAACGUUCAGAUGUUGACUCCGCAACUCCACGCCAUCAUCGCUGCUUCAGUUUCUAUUAAAUCCUCCCAGAAGCUCAAGAAGAUCCUUGAGAUCAUCUUGGCUCUGGGAAACUACAUGAACAGCAGCAAGAGAGGAGCCGUGUACGGAUUCAAACUACAGAGUUUAGACCUGCUCCUGGAGACAAAGUCGACCGACAGAAAGCAGACGCUGCUUCAUUACAUCGCCAACGUGGUCAGAGAGAAGUACUCUGUGGUGUCUCUGUUCUACAACGAGCUCCACUACGUCGACAAGGCUGCUGCAGUGAGUCUGGAGAACGUGCUGUGUGAUGUGAAGGAGCUGCAGCGAGGGAUGGAACUCACCUGGAGAGAGUUCAGCGUGUCGCACAACGCCACGCUCAAAGACUUCAUCAGCAGGAACGAAUCACGGCUCAGCAAACUGCAGGAGGACGCUCGCAUCGCUCAGGACGCCUUUGAAGAUGCGGUGAAGUUUUUCGGUGAGAGCUCCAAGACGAUGCCCCCGUCAGUCUUCUUCCCCAUCUUUGUUCGCUUCAUCAAAGCCUACAGGCUGGCGGAGGAGGAGAACGAGCAGCGGCGGCGUCAGGAGCAGAUGUUGUUGGAGAAGCUGGAGCAGGAGGAGCAGCAGCAGGAGGAGGAGGAGACCAAGUCUCCGUCCCACAGGGGGAAGCGGCAGCAGCAGGAGCUGAUCACGGAGCUCCGACGGCGACAAGGAAAAGACAGCCGCCAUGUUUACGAGGGGAAGGACGGCGCCAUCGAGGACAUCAUCACAGCUCUGAAGACCGUCCCUUUCACGGCUCGAUCGGCCAAACGCAGCUCCCGCUUCUUCUGUGACCCCGCCCACCCCGAGGAGCACUACUGAUGACAUCACAGAGAGGCCACGCCCACUUCUAAUCGAUGGGACCAAUUAGCACUUUGAACAUUUCUGAUGGAUCGAUGUGAACUGAUGACAUCAUGUUUUCUAUGUU